GAAGGGGAAAAACUUUAUUUUUUCUCUUAUUCUCUUCUGGGGCUGAAGUGAAGAGCAGGCGACCGCGCCAGCGCGGGCUUCCGGAGAGAGCCGGGCGCGACCCCAGCCGGCUGCGCGGAGGAGCCGGGCCCCGGAGGCCUGAAGGGGCGCCCGGCAUGUGGGACCCGCAGGACUUUGAGCGCCACUGGCAGGCCGAGUUUCCCGGGCAGGAGGCGCCAGCCAUGCGGCUAGACUCGGUGCUGGACAUGGAGCAGGAGCUGGAGAGCUGCAAAGUUAACCUGAGGCGGCUGCAACAGGUGUUGGCGGAGGAGAAGUUUAAAGUCUCCUACCUGCAGUCGGCCCUGGCCGGGGAGAAGCGGGACCUGGGCUGCGGGCGCCUGGAGGGCGGAGACGGCUGCGGCGCGGGAGCUUCGGCUGAGGAGCCGGCGCCGGCGGAGCCAGAGCCGGAGCGGGCGCCGCCACCGCGCAAGGAGGGCGCAGCGGGCUGCGGCGGACACCUCCCCGGGCCCCCGGAGCGCCCUGAGCGGGACGGGUCCGCCAGGGCCGAGACGCCUCCGUACGUGUGCCUGGACCUUCCGACCUGGCCGGUGGCGGCGGGGGCGGGGGGCACCGUGCGCAGCUUGACCGCAGCCAUCCACCAGCAGCUGCUGCAGCCUCGCAUCCUCUUCAGGUCCCGGGAGGACUGUGCGCCCCCCGGCCACGAUGGCACAGUUCCCAGAGCCCCGAGAGAGGAGCCGUCCUCUGGGACCCGCGCGGGGCGGGGCUCAGAGGAGGGCGAGCCGGACGCCUCGGGCGCGGACGAUGGGGGUGACAGCAGUGACCACGACUUCGAGAUGGUGGAUUUAAACGAGAAAUUCGUCCUAGGCCACUUGCUCGUGGCCCCCUGCCGGCUCGGGACCCGCGAAGAGGCCGAAAAGCCGGCACGGUCGAGCAGCCCCCAUCGCUGGAUGCACCUGAUCCCGGGGGGCUGGCGGCAGCAGCGUCGCAGCCGCGACCUGGAGCAGCUGGAGUCGGAGGCCAAGGACGGGCGGGGCUCGCCCACAGCUACGGACGAGCCCUCCCGGCGCGGGGCCCGAGAGCACCUUCCGCCGUGGCGGCGCAAGAGGUUCCUUCGGGUGCCCGAGCGGGACUCGCCCAGCCACAGCUCGCCGGAAAGGGGCAGUGACUGCAGCCACAACAGCUCGGACCACGAGGACGGCUCCUCUGCAGACUUCAGCUACGGGGCAGACGACUACGACGGCGAGGGGAAUGAGGAGCAGAAGGGACCCCCGGAGGGCUCAGAGACCAUGCCGUACAUCGACGAGUCGCCCACCAUGUCACCCCAGCUCAGCGCCCGCAGCCAGGGCGGCGGGGACAGCAUCUCCCCUACCCCACCUGAGGGGCUGGCACCUGGGGUGGAAGCAGGGAAAGGCCUGGAGAUGAGGAAGCUGGUUCUCUCAGGGUUCCUGGCCAGCGAAGAGAUCUACAUUAACCAGCUGGAAGCCCUGUUGCUGCCCAUGAAGCCCCUGAAGGCCACAGCCACCACCUCCCAGCCCGUGCUCACCAUCCAGCAGAUUGAGACCAUCUUCUACAAGAUCCAGGACAUCUACGAAAUCCACAAGGAGUUCUACGACAACCUCUGCCCCAAGGUGCAGCAGUGGGACAGCCAGGUCACCAUGGGCCACCUCUUCCAGAAGCUGGCCAGCCAGCUCGGCGUGUACAAAGCCUUUGUGGAUAACUAUAAAGUCGCUCUGGAGACAGCUGAGAAGUGCAGCCAGUCCAACAACCAAUUCCAGAAGAUCUCCGAGGAACUCAAAGUGAAAGGUCCCAAGGACUCCAAGGAGAGCCACACGUCAGUCACAAUGGAAGCUCUGCUCUACAAGCCCAUUGACCGAGUCACCAGGAGCACCCUGGUCCUACACGACCUGCUGAAGCACACACCUGUGGACCACCCAGACUAUCCGCUACUUCAGGAUGCUCUCCGCAUCUCCCAGAACUUCCUGUCCAGCAUCAAUGAGGACAUUGACCCCCGUCGGACUGCCGUCACAACGCCCAAAGGGGAGACUCGGCAGCUGGUGAAGGACGGCUUCCUGGUGGAAGUGUCAGAGGGUUCCCGGAAGCUGCGGCACGUCUUCCUCUUCACAGAUGUCCUACUGUGCGCCAAGCUCAAGAAGACAUCUGCAGGGAAGCACCAGCAAUAUGACUGCAAAUGGUACAUCCCCCUGGCCGACCUCGUGUUCCCGUCCCCCGAGGAGGCGGAGCCCAGCCCCCACGUGCACCCCUUCCCAGACCAUGAGCUGGAGGACAUGAAAAUGAAGAUCUCUGCCCUCAAGAGUGAAAUCCAGAAGGAGAAAGCCAACAAAGGACAGAGCCGGGCCAUCGAGCGCCUAAAGAAGAAGAUGUUUGAGAACGAGUUCUUGCUGCUGCUCAAUUCCCCCACAAUCCCAUUUCGGAUCCACAAUCGGAACGGAAAGAGCUACCUGUUCCUACUGUCCUCGGACUAUGAAAGGUCAGAGUGGAGAGAAGCGAUUCAGAAACUGCAGAAGAAGGAUCUCCAGGCCUUUGUCCUGAGCUCAGUGGAGCUCCAGGUGCUCACGGGAUCCUGCUUCAAACUUAGGACUGUCCACAAUAUUCCUGUCACCAGCAAUAAAGACGACGAUGAGUCUCCAGGGCUCUAUGGCUUCCUUCAUGUCAUCGUCCACUCUGCCAAGGGGUUCAAGCAGUCAGCGAACCUGUACUGUACUCUGGAGGUGGAUUCCUUUGGCUACUUUGUCAGCAAAGCCAAAACCAGGGUCUUUCGGGACACGACGGAGCCCAAGUGGGAUGAGGAGUUUGAGAUCGAGCUGGAGGGCUCUCAGUCCCUGAGGAUCCUGUGCUACGAGAAGUGCUACGACAAGACCAAGGUCAACAAGGACAACAAUGAGAUUGUGGACAAGAUCAUGGGCAAAGGGCAGAUCCAGCUGGAUCCACAAACUGUGGAGACCAAGAACUGGCACACAGAUGUGAUCGAGAUGAACGGGAUCAAAGUGGAAUUCUCCAUGAAAUUCACCAGCCGAGAUAUGAGCCUGAAGAGAACCCCAUCCAAAAAGCAGACCGGCGUCUUCGGCGUGAAGAUCAGUGUGGUGACGAAGCGGGAGCGCUCCAAGGUGCCCUACAUCGUGCGGCAGUGCGUGGAGGAGGUGGAGAAGAGGGGCAUCGAGGAGGUCGGCAUCUACCGGAUAUCAGGGGUGGCCACAGACAUCCAGGCACUGAAGGCCGUCUUUGAUGCCAACAACAAGGACAUCCUGCUGAUGCUGAGUGACAUGGACAUCAACGCCAUUGCCGGCACCCUCAAGCUCUACUUCCGAGAGCUGCCCGAGCCCCUCCUCACAGACCGACUAUACCCCGCCUUCAUGGAGGGCAUCGCCCUGUCAGACCCUGCUGCCAAGGAAAACUGCAUGAUGCAUCUGCUCCGCUCCCUGCCCGACCCCAACCUCAUCACCUUCCUCUUCCUGCUGGAACACUUGAAAAGGGUUGCUGAGAAGGAGCCCAUCAACAAAAUGUCCCUUCACAAUCUGGCUACCGUGUUUGGCCCCACGUUGCUGAGACCCUCGGAAGUAGAGAGCAAAGCACACCUCUCGUCGGCCGCGGACAUCUGGUCCCAUGAUGUCAUGGCACAGGUCCAGGUCCUUCUCUACUACCUGCAGCAUCCCCCCAUCUCCUUCGCAGAACUGAAGCGGAACACACUGUACUUCUCCACCGACGUGUAGCCCCUUUGGGUGGGAGCAGCUUCGGGGGUGGCCGAACCAGCCGCUCCAGCCGGGGCACCCAACACAGACUUGAAAGACUACAACAGAAAACUCCCAAACCCAGCACUCCAGACUCCAAGGGACACAGACUUCCAAGAACUGGAACACGUGCAUCUUUUGUGCCACCUUGUACAGAGCCAGCCGACCCGCCCCCAGACUCAGCGCUGCGCCCCGGGCCCCUGCCCUCUGUCCCCCUAGUUGCGUCUAAUGCUCCAUGCCGUUCGGGAAUCGUUUCAUGUCUGUUUGUCAUGCAGAAAAGGUAGUGACUGACCCGGUGUGGGCACAGAGACGGCCUGCUUUGUUCUUUCAUUUCCUCCAACACUUUCUUUCCUCCUGAGUCCAGUCCAAGGGCUUUUAUUUGGCGUUCGGUAACCACUGCCAGCUUCGCCUCUCUUGGCCCUGCUCCCAGAUCGCAGUCUCCUGGCAGCCUCCCCUCGGCUUCCUCCUCCCUCUCCUCGCUCCCCCCCAGCCUGCCCGCAUGCAUGUGCAGCCUUGGUUUUCACUCCGUCGCUGUGGAAGUUCUGAGGCCCUGGGCGGCAGUGACUGCAGCGGCCCGCCGGAGGCUGCCACACGCCGCUCCCCACUCAGGCCCUCCCCCUGCCCUGCCCUGCCCCUGCGGAAGCGCACCUGCUUGCCUUGCUGCCUGUGCAAAUGUUGGACAAGGAGACAGACUCACACUAAUCCUCAGCUUAGCACAGAGCUGGAGAGUGGAUUUCUGGAAUUUUCCACCUGAGAAUCUCCAUUUCUGGGGUUUAUCUGUUCUGUCUCCUGCCUACCAGUGAGGCAUUUUGACUGUUUCUUCUACUGCUUUUCAGUUCCUUUCCCCCCCCCAUGUUCUGUUUCCUUUGAGCGUGAAGACUCACGAGCGACCUGCUAUUGCCAGGGGGUGAGGAAAGACUCGGGGGAGGCGGGGGAGGCAGCCACUGAGGCCACACUGGUCGGACAUCGGAGGAAGGCCACACGGCACCGGGUGUCCUGACUUGGGGGGAGAUGCUGUCGGCAGCGAGUUGUCAUGGCUUUUGUGGCAGAGCUAGGCCUCCAGGAGGGCGGCUCAUACAGCUGAAGCGGGCAUCCAGGCACGGGCAGGCUCCAUCCAGAAGACUAGCCCUUCCUGGCGCCUCCUGUACCUUGUGGUACCUUUGCCUUAGAUUUCACAUUCUCCACAGCCGAGCACUGCCACGGGGCAGCUCUCGUGGCCACGUGUGCUCCCGGGCCUGGCAAGGGCGGGUGUGGUCCAGCAGUAGCCAGCCCUCAGGGUGCUGCCUCCCCACCCCAGCUUCUCGGUGCAGCCUUUCGGACGAACUUUGGGAACUCAAGAAGCUGGGGAAGGAUGAGGGGUUACAGGUACCGCCUCUCAGAAUUGGGUUUUGCUGGAGACCCUCAAUGUUGAUGCUCUGCUCCAAAGUCAGGGAUCAGCAGGUCCCAUUACCAACUUUGGGACUCGUUGCUCAGUACCAGAAAGGAAUGAGAAGUGUAGCCAAAUGCUUGUUUCUUCCCACGUGAGCAGGAGCGACCAACCUGGAAGGGCAGACACUCCUGGGCUGCAGGGGACUGAGUUGUAGUACAAGCUCCCUGGCUCUCCUGUGUAGCAGAGAGGAAAUUCUGGCUCUCAGGAUUGGAGAGAACUGCUCCUGCAGCUUGAGCUCAGGGCUAAGUUUUAAAGAAGGGUUGGCUGGCCCUCACGCUGCAGCGCUUGCUCAGUGAGCAGCAGGGCCCUUUCUGAUCUUGUUUACACCUGUUGCCCAAUCUUGGGCAGAAUGGUACACAUUCUGUGCACGUCAGAUGAAAGAGAUGCCCAAGAGGAGGGAAAUACUGGCCAUUUAGCUACCAGUUAGCAGCUUAGCUAGGAGCCCUGCUCCCUGAGACAGGAGAUGGGGAAAGAACUUGAACCUGAAGGUCGCAGCAUCUGCCCAUCCCUGGAGUCUCUGCUUGGCACUCAGGAGUAUGUGGCACGGAAGGCUCUUGCUUCCAAAGCCAUUGAUGGUAAUGAACUGGAGGCCCAGCUUGAGCUAGUUACAGCCAAACAUGGGUCCUCCCACUUCCCCAAAAUAAGGGGUGUUUACUUCUCAGCGUCAGGUAGCUACUGCAGCCCCCGAGCGUAGGCAGUGCAAUGGGAGGACGCCUAGAAAGACUGAGAAAUGCAAAAGGCUCAGAAUGUUUAUAAAUUCGACCCCUAGAGUGGAGGAGGGGGCAGGUACCAGACCUGGACUAAGCUGCACCAAGGAAACAGCCCAUGGAUUCUCCUGAGAAGCAGGGACUGUGCAGUCCGGGACCCCCGGCCCCCGUGCCCAGCAGGGCAGGCUGUGCCAACAGGCCCAGCAGACAGGCCACAGCAACCCCGGGAGGCCUGUCCUCACUGGCAGUGACCGAGGGCUGCUGGCUUUUGCUGAUACAAGUAGGAUGGGACCCUUCAUUAAUAUUUGACUUUAAUAAGUUGGUAAGGAUAUAUUUUUUGUCUGUUCUGUUUCAACUUAUGUAGAUUAUUAUAAAUUGAUGUAAACCACGUGAGAGAAAAUGUUAAUAAAAAAAUGCAAAGCUCCAACAUUCGCACACCA